UUCAGCUCAGUGAGAGGUUGGCUGUUGGUCCGAGUGGAUGUGCGUGCCGCGCGCUUCGCUCCCUCAUCCUUGCUGCCUAUCGUACCAAACUGCCUUCCCCUGUGUUGCCUCCCCCACCACGUGCCUGAGGAUUUAUAGCACCAUUACCUACUGCCCCUGUUAAGUGUGUGUGCCUAUUUCGGGUGUGCGUCUCCGUGUGGUUGUCCUGCACUGCUUCUUCUCUUCGUCUCUGCUAACCUACUACAGUGAUGGACGGUGCGCGUGUGGCGUGAGAUGAGCGUGGUGGUGUCUGCCGCGGGGAUGCCGGGGUCGCCGUCGGCCUCGCCCCAGGAGGACGAGGCCUCGGAGCUGGACGGGUGGCGCCAGGCGGUGCGGGCCAAGGUGACCACCCUGAAGUGUCAUGUGAUGGCCUCGCGCGGCCUCACCUCAGACGGGCACAUCGUAGCGCCCUACUCCCCGCGGCUGCUACUGGACGCCCCCAACGCCCGCCUCCUGCUGGACGCCGCCAGCCUCGACCUGGACGCUUAUGUAGAGGCACUGCACCGCGCUGAUGGUCUGCUGGCCAAGGGCGGCGGCGGCGACCAGAAUGGCACCGCCGAGGAGGACAAAGUCUCUCUGGACGACGUGCAGCUCCGCCUGCAGCAGGAGGCCGCCGCCACCCCCGCUACCCCCGCCACCCUCACUAAUGGCCACGCCCUCACGCCCGCCUCCUCCCCCGCCAAGUCCCUCUCCAACGGGUCUGCAAAGUCACCCCCGCCCUCUCCUCCUCCCUCCCCAGCGCCCUCCCCGGUGCCCUCGCCCUCCCUUUCCCGCCCCACCAAGGUGGCGGAGGUGAACGGCCACGCGCUGAACGGUUCGCACGAGGCCGUGAACGACACGUUACCCGCCGAGGACGAGGCGGUGAGGGAGGAGCUGGCGGUGGCGCGGCAGCAGCUGGCCCUGAAGGAGGCGGAGGUGGGGCGGUUGGCCAGGAUCAGGGAUGAGGUGGAGAAUGAACUGCAGGAGCUCACCGCCAACCUCUUCCAGGAGGCGCACAGCAUGGUGAACAGUGCCAACCAGCGAGCCGCCAAUGCAGAGCGGUCACUGCGGGAGGCUGAGAUGCAAGUGGAGGUGCUGACGGCGGAGGUGACGGCACUGAAGGCCCUCGUCAUUACCUCCACCCCGGCUGCACCCAACCCUCACCUCCACCCUCAGCUCAUCACCAAGAGCGUCACGGAGACUGGUAAGAAGAUCUUCCAACGAGGCCACAGGAAGUCCCCCUCAGAUUUUGACCUCAAGUACGGCAGGGACACAACACCCCCGAGCUCACCACUCAAGGAGAGCAGAAUAAAUGAUGCGGCCGGGCUUGCACAGUUCCCCCUCGACCCAGAGUGCUGGGAGGUCAGUCAGUCAGUUGAUCCAGUGGUCCACAAGGAAUUCAUUGCCUGGAAGCAGAAUCCCACACUGGAGAGGUCCAACCCCUUCAUGCAGAGGAUAUACGAGGAGGACAUUGACUUGUGCCUGGCCUUCCCCAACACUGUGCUGGCCCACCGCGUCCAGCGAGCCAUCGAGGACAACUCCGUCUUCAUUGAGGAGGUCAACCCACGGCAGAAGAGUAGCUGUCCAAGAGUUGACCCUGAUGAAACCAGGAAGUGUGUGCUGCUGGAUGUGCCUCGGUUCUGCAAGUACCGCUUCCGACUUAGUGAAUCUGACGAGACUUGGUACUACAUUUCCCAGCUGGCCAGAAAUAGGAUUAUUGCAAUUUGUGAUUUCCUGAACUACCUAAGAUACAUCAAGCUGGGUCUAGUCAAGAGCUCUGUGCAUGAUGUUUACUGGGAGAUUGUGAAGCUGCGCCGACAGAUGGCUCUGGCACGCUUGGGAUUCUGAGAGGAGCCAGAGUUAGUCAGGAAGCAGGACUUGUUAACAGAAGUGACCUGACAAGCUGUUGAUCCCUCGUCACUGAUCCCUUGUCCACUAGAAGGAAGUUGGAAUCAAGAAAGUGGGACUGAAAAAUAAAGAUGUGAUGAAAGCAAUGCAUGUGGAACAAAGAUGUAUUUAUUUUUUAGUGUAGAAGCUAACUGGUCACUGAUGAAAUCCUAUGAUGCCAUGAAGGAUUGAGAUUGAGUACACCACAAGAAAAAAUCAAUAGUCAAUUCAACUUGAUGUCCUCGUCGUGUUUCAUAACAAUGGACUUUGUGUGGUGCUUCAGCUCUUGCCACUACUUGAGUUCUCAGUGACAUUCUCUUGACAUUUGCCACAUUUUGGGAAAACAAGAGAACCACUAAAAAAUCACUAAAGAUGUCAUAUGUAUCUGAGUGGGUCCUGUUGUCCCUGUGUUGUACAUACUGAUGGGGGAUGAGGGAGGGUGGCAGCCAGAUGCUGCGCCACACUCUGGUGACUCUCACUCACGACCCACCAUGUUUUGGGCACUGAAGGUCACAAGCUCAAUGUGAGUCAGAAACCAAAUAUUGACUCAGUAACUCAGCAUGAAUCUCUCAUGGAGAUAAAGUUGCCUAUGAAAGAGCUUUAUGCUUUUUGGAUUAUUUUUUUAAGGCAUUACAUCAUCCCUUUUUGGAUGAUAUUUAUUGAAGAUGCAGUUCCCAGGAGUGCAUCAUUGUGUGUUUGUCAUUGUGUAUAUUUUUAUAUAGUGACUGCCCUCUUAUAUGACCUCAGUGGACCCAUGAAGUGUUAGUUGUGUGGGAGUUGAGAGAGUGAAGCUGAUCACAGCAGGAAUGCAACACCAUUUGUUACUCCCUUCCCCAGCUGAUACUGGGUUACAGGGUGUGUAAUUGUAACUCAUUUAUAAAUAUGCUUGAUCCAGAGUCAUUGAGUCACAACUAUGCCAUUUAUUAUGAUAAUUGUAUUGCUCAUUGGUGUACAGCAUUGAUGAUGAUGAUACACCUCUGACACUGCAGUAACCCAACCUUCCCAUUCAUCAUAUCUUCCCAUUGUAACAUGUAGCCAAAAAAAACACAGGAAAUUUAUGUGACACCAGCACUCAGUGUAUGAGAAACUAAUGUGGAAAGAAUAUUUUAUGAAAAUUUCAUUGUACACAUUUUAUUUUAUGAAUGAUUAUUUGAAAAUUUUAAAAAAUCAUUGCACAUAUAGUAUAAUAUAAUGCGUGAUUUGUCUUGCCAUGAUUGCUUCACAUACCUCAACACUCAUGAUUGUGAGAUAUAAUACACACCAUGAUUGUACUGGUGUUUUUUAUGGAAGAAAUGCAUGAUCUGUUGACUCAGGACUCACCCUGUGUGGGAGAGCUGUUUGGAUGGUCCGUUGAGGUCAGGUGAUGGAUAGUGGAGGACUGGAGGGUCAGACCAUCACAUUGUUAAAAGUACAGAUGCUGCAGAGGAUAGGAGGAGCAUGUGUGAGGUUUUAGCCAGUUGCUGUGAGACAUUGUAGUGAUGUUUUGCUUUUUCCUUGCAAUAUUUAUGAGCAUUUCCUGCAUGUGUAUGAAGGAAUCUUGAGUUACAAGUGAGAAGGAAGAAUGGCAAGUGUAUUUUGAUACUAUUAAUAUAAGUGAAAAAAGGACUUAGAUCUGAUCGUGGGAGGAGAAGAUUUUUAUUUUGCAAUGUGCAAUUCAUUCAGAAAUUGCAUUGGGUGUUACUCCUGUGAUACUUUCCCAGUUACUGUGUUAAGGUGACAGGCUCCUGCACCUCCUGAAAUACUGUUCAGAAAAGCAGACUAUGCGAGUGACUGUACUCAACUCCACAGCAGCAGGAAGCAAGAAGUGUGUGUGAGAAACUCAUUAAAACAAAACCUGAAUAGCUGGACUCACCAACCUGGAGAGGGGUGAUAAACUGCAGCCUGUGACUAAAUUGGAAAUACAGUUUUGUAAUCAAUUAGAUAGAUACAUUUUGUGUGUGUGUUGCUAAAAAAAAAAUAAGGUUAUUGAGCAGUUAAAUAAAAGGGAAAAAUACAACAUAUUUUCCAAGUCAAGAUUUUAGUACCUUAUUUUAUAUGAGGACAUGCUGUUUAAAGUAUUAUUCUUUCAGGAAAUGAUAUAAUGCAUGUUUUCUGUUAAUUAAACUUUAAGUAAAUCAUAUUGAUGCUCAGAAUACAGUCAUACUGCAUGUAUUAUGGCUUCCAGUUUGUAAAAGUUGAAGAUAAACCAGCUCUGAAGUAUCCAUUCCCAUCUACUUAAAAAAAUGUAAUUGAAACAUUGAAACAGAUGCUUGCAGAAGUUCAAGAAAAUAUUAAAAAGUAGUACCUGUAGUGAAAACAAAGGUUAUGAUCUUGCAAUCACUGUCACUGAAAGGUUGGUGGUGCCAGCUACUCAGCCCACUCGGACAUUGAAUGCUGGGGGAUAACUGGGGGGUUUACUGAUUUUUAGGCUAGCAUGAUUGAAAUUGGAAAUUACUCAGCCAAGAGAGAUUAUUUAGAGAGUGUGAUUGUUGUUGUUGUUGUUCUUGUUGUUGUCAUCCCUGAGAGGCUUGAUGCUUCUGGUGGGACACAUGAGUGAGUGCUGUGACUGUACAGUAUAUUAGUGGACUACUAUGUGUUAAGGUGUAAACAUUAUAUAGAAGCUGUAUAUUGAUAUAUUGAUAUUUGUAUAUUAGUUUUUUAUAACUGUGUAGGACUCAAACAAAAAAAGGAACAUAAAUAUAUAAUCAUUGAUGUAGAGAAAAAUGUGUUACACAGCACAGUCUCAUUGAUCAGGUGUGUUGGUGUAAUCUCAUGAGCUGUAUGGUAAUGACAGGUGUGGGACACUACUUACACAAUAUGUGAUCUUUAGCUCCAAAAACAAGUGAUACAUUUUCUCAACUAUCCAAACUGCAGUUAUUUCUAAUAUAAUGACAACAUAGAUCCCUGUUAUCUGGGCUUGCUGUGGUCACAAUCAUCCCUGUUUCCCAGUUGUAUCUUUGUGAGGUUGGUUGGUUGGUUGGUUGCUGACCUGUAGAACCUUAUCAUGACCAUCCUGAUGAGCAAGCAACAUCUGGGUAUUGAUUGAUUGAUGAAACCUGGAGCCUCACAUUAUCUUAUUUAUUCUUGGGGGUGGGGAACAUUAUCAUGAGGAUGGUAGUUUGCAAACAAAGCAGGGACUUCAUGAUCUGUUUUUUUUUUUUUUUUUUUUUUUUUUUUUGUAUUGAAAGGGACCACAAGUGCUGCUGCUUCUAAACUAAUGGAAUGUCUAAUUUUGCCUGGUCUAAGGGGUAGCAUCAUCACCUAUGUACCAGAAAAAAAAAUAGAAUCAGCUUGUGCUCAUAAAAAAUGUACUACUUGGCCAAUUACUGUCUUCCAUUAUUUUUUUGUUUGAUUUUGAAGAAAAGAUAUUAGAAAAAUGUAUUUUUAUUGCCACUACACUUUUCUGGAGAGUAGCUGAGAUGUAUUCUGCUGUGUUUUGUAUCAUACACUGGUUCAUGUGUGGAGAAUACUUAAUACCUGAAAGGAAAUUAAAACACUUCUCUAAGGAAAGAAGUAAAAAGUUCAGACACUGAAACAAAGCUAGAAAAAUAAAAGAGAUCUGACUGUCCAGAUAUCAAAAGAAAGGAAGAAGAGCACAAAAAAAUUAAUAAAUCAUCCAAACACUGCAUAAAAACACAAACCACAUGCUCAUAUCAUCCAAAAGAUGACUAAAGGAAAAAAUUGUCUAUCACUUCCAACCUAACAAAUUAACAAUUCUCCUCAGAUGCCUCAGGAAUAUUUUUUGUGCAGCUGACCAAUGUGACUGUGCUGUGUUGUGUCGUCUUGCCCUUUGGAGGUGACCACAUGAGGGAGAUCUUGGGUCAGGUUGCAGGUCAUCGAGAGAGCAUGGGUGUGGCAGAGCUGCUCAUUGCCACACCUCACCCAGACCAGACCAGUUGUACUCUCAAGACUGUUUUUAUAUCAUACGUCUGUGUCUGUGAGGAAGGGUGCAUUUUGAAAUGUUUAUCACUAUGUAUGUGUCUAUAUAUUUACUAAAGCUCUCUCUAUCUA